AUGUAUUACAUGUUUGGGAUGGGCAUCUCGUUAUAUCUGCGUAGCCUGCCCUUCCCGCGACGCAGCAGCGUUACUGCACAGAAGCGAGCCUGCAAUACGGCCACCUGCGUCACCCACCGCCUGGCCGACUUCCUCAGCCGGUCGGGAGGGAUGGGCAACAGCAACUUUGUGCCCACCAACGUCGGUGCUAAAGCCUUCGGCCGGCGGAGGAGAAGCAUUGCCAUCAGCAGCCGCAUGCAGUGCCUGCAGGUGGACUCGGUCCAGCGCUGGAUGGAGGACCUACGUCACAUGACGGAGGUGGAGUGCAUGUGUGUGCUUCAGGCCAAGCCCAUUGAGGUCGAGGACGAUUCUCAGCAGGCUGAACUGAUUGUGUCCACCGGGGCGAGGCCGGGGGCGGCGGCAGGGGAACAUGUGGCACGCAACAACCUGCAGACGCUGCUUCGCAGGGCCCUAGUAGUCAGCACCGAGCUGGGCAAGAUGUUCCAGCGACUGGAGAAGGGACGCUGGCAGAGGGUCCACAGCACGGCGGUGCGGGCAAACUGCCACGUGCGCUCCCUGGUGCAUGAGUACAGUGCAGCGCGUAGCACACCGGCCGAUAUGCAGAAGUUUGAGAUGUCUCUCCUGGAGAAGUGUAUGGAGCUGACAAACAUCACAGAGAGUUGCCUUCACACCGAGGAUGAGUUCUUCCUGAAGUCCAUGAGAGACGCCAUUCACGAGAUCCUGACUGAUGUCAGCGAUUCGUUCAGCAACAUGAUUGACAUGGCAUUAGCCAAUGAGAUCCAGGUUCUGAUCAAGCAGAUUGAAUCUUCCGACAACGUCCACACAAUCGGCAGCGCCAUCAGCAACCUGCUGUCCCUCACCCAAGAUGGGCCGCAGCUAUGCAGCAUCAUCGCCAAGGAAGGAGCUGUGGUGUCGCUGUUCAAGAUUUGCCGUCAAGAUCGCUUCAAAGGCCUCUACGCUCACGCUCUUAGGACCGUGGCCUCCAUCUGCUGCGUGGAGGAGGGCAUCAUGCAGCUGGAUAAGGUAGACGGCAUCCUGUGCCUGGCAGACAUAUUGACGGACGACGGCAGCACGGAGGCAGCGCGGGCCGAGGCGGCAGCAGUGGUGGCGCAGAUCACAUCGCCACACCACACGUCCACGCAGCACCUGGCCAGUUUCCUGGAGAGCAUGCACGACAUCGUCACCGCGCUCAUCAACUUGUGUGAGAGUGCCUCCUGCGGCGAGGUCUUCCUGCUGGCGUCCGCAGCCCUGGCCAACAUCACUUUCUUCGACAGCAUGGCCUGCGAGAUCCUGCUACAACUCAACGCCAUCCACAUCCUGCUGCAGGCCUGCAAGGACCGCCAGAGGGUGGACACGCCCUACUCCAAGGACCAGGUGGUGACCAUCUUGGCCAACCUAUCUGUCUUGGAGCAGUGUGCAAGUGAAGUCCUACAGGAGCAAGGCGUGGAGCGGCUGCUGCUGCUGCUGGGCGAGAGGCCGUCCUCCUCUAGUCCGUCCGAGGGGGCCGCCUGCGAGCGUGUGCAGCAGAAGGCCGCCGUCACGCUGGCACGCCUCAGCCGGGAUGGCGAGGUGGCCCAGACCGCCAUCCAGCUCAAAGCCGUUCCUCGUCUCAUCGAGCUCUGCCGAUCCCCCACGGAGAGGAAUAACAGUGACUCCGUCUUGGUUGCUUGCCUGGCGGCUUUGAGGAGGCUGGCAUCAGGGUGUCCCGACAGCAUUGAGGCAGCAGACCAUCAGCAGCUGAUCAAACCGCGGCUGGUCGACUCCUUCCUGUUGUGCUCCAACAUGGAGGAGAGCUUUGUUUGAUACUAAUGUGUUAAUGCGCAUCACACGAUUGAGCGGUAAAAAAAAUAUUUGAGUGGACCACCAGACAACAACAUUAGAUUGGAUGAAAGAGACAUUUUAUAUGAGUGUGUGUGUGUUUGUGUGUGGUUAAAGAUGAUAUCAGACAUACAGUGUGAUGGUGGCUUCGCUUCACAGGUCAAAUGAGGACAAGUUUGUGUGAGUCCAGUGUCACGUAUCCUAUUUAUUUAUAUUGUGUGUACUAGUUUUCAUUGCAUCCCAGGCUUAAAAAUGUUGGAAUUUUACGAUCAUUGCUACAAAUCUAUUUAUUAAUCAAGUUCAUUCAUAAAUAUCCCAAAAGUAUUUGAACUCAGAUACAUUUUUUUUUCUUUUUUUAGAAUAAAGAUUGUUCUCAA